CCCUCUGAGACAUCCAUCAUGGAGAUGAACAAACAACAAGCACAUGAGAUAAAACUCUAAGGGAAGAAAUGUCACCCACAGCAAGAGAGGAAAACUCUAUGGAAAAGUGGCAGUUACUCAUCGAUUGUUAAUAUCAAUAGAGCUCUAAUUCCACCCUAACUCUCAGGUUGUGUACUUGGCAGCCUGUGAUGCUUGGAGAGAGGCUGGGCUGCAGGGACAGGCCAAUGGUGGAAACAUGACUUCUGAGUAACACUGAGUAACUUUCUCUGCUCAGUAUGAACAGCGAGGAAGAGUUUUACGACGCGGAGACAGGGCUGGAGUCAGAUGAUUCCUGUGAAGUCAGUUUCAAGGAUGCCCUGGUGACUGGUGGCAGCUCCACACAGGAGAAUGGAGUGUGGGAGCGCAGGAAAACCCUCCCUGCUGAUAUGAUCUCCAGGAACAAUUUCAGUGUUUGGAGUAUCCUGAAGAAAUGCAUUGGCAUGGAGCUGUCCAAAAUAGCCAUGCCGGUUGUGUUCAACGAGCCGCUGAGCUUUCUGCAGAGAAUUUCGGAGUACAUGGAGCACACUCACCUCAUACACAGAGCCUGCAGUUUGUCUGACUCCAUAGACCGUAUGCAGGUUGUUGCUGCGUUCGCUGUGUCGGCUGUAGCAUCUCAAUGGGAGAGAACUGGAAAGCCAUUUAAUCCCCUACUGGGGGAAACGUAUGAACUCAUAAGAGAGGAAGACGGAUACAGAUUGAUCUCAGAGCAGGUGAGCCACCACCCUCCUGUCAGUGCCUUUCAUGCUCAGUCUCUGAAGCAAGAGUUUGAGUUUCACGGCACCAUCUACCCCAAACUCAAGUUCUGGGGCAAAAGUGUGGAAGCAGAGCCCAGAGGCACCAUGACGCUAGAGCUACUGAAACAUAAAGAAGCGUACACCUGGACAAACCCCUUGUGUUGUGUCCAUAACAUCAUCCUGGGAAAACUCUGGAUUGAGCAAUAUGGAACUGUGGAAAUCAUCAACCACAGUACAGGGGAUAAGUGCGUGUUGAACUUCAAACCGUGUGGCAUGUUUGGGAAAGAGCUGCAUAGAGUAGAAGGUUAUAUCCAAGACAAGAGCAAGAAGAAGCGGCGUGUAAUUUACGGGAAGUGGACAGAGUGCAUGUACAGCAUAGAACCCAAGUUCUACGACACAAACAGGAAGUCAGACAAGAGGAGCGGGGCAGAUUCUAGAAAGCUGAAACAGGAACAAAGUUGUGCAGGUGAGGAGGCAGAUGAGAUGCCAGACGUUCAAGAGACUGUGACUGUGAUACCAGGAAGUGCCUUACUGUGGAGGAUAACGCCGCGGCCUGCUCACUCUGCAAAGAUGUAUAACUUUACCAGCUUUGCCAUGACACUAAACGAGCUGGACCCCGGCAUGGAGAGACUCUUAGCGCCGACAGACUGCCGGCUGAGACCCGACAUCAGAGCCAUGGAAAACGGGGAAAUAGAUGCAGCGAACACAGAGAAGGAGCGAUUAGAGGAGAAACAAAGGGCCUCACGCAGGGAACGAUCCAAGGACAAGGAGGAGUGGUCAACCAGGUGGUUCCAGCCGGGAACAAACCCUCAUACAGGAUCUGAAGAUUGGCUGUACACAGGUGGAUACUUUGACAGGAAUUACACUGACUGUCCCAACAUUUACUGACACGAGAAGUGCUCAGAGUGAAGAUCUCCUCUCUGAUAGGAUUCACUUUACUUCAAAGCAUUUGUGUCCUUGGGGCUCACUGGUACUGUGUCUUUGUGGGAAUCAACAAGAAACUGAUAAAGAGUGUUAUCAGACAGUUUAUCAGAAUAUGACUGUGAAACCACAGAGAGAGAAAUGUUAUAUAAAAGGAGAAUUUUUAGAGUUUACUUACUUUAAAUGUUGAAAUCUAACAUCCUCAUAUUCAUAGUCCCUAAUCUUAAUAAUAGUCCACAUGUGUAACUCAUGAGUUGAGGGUUUAAUACGUGCAGGAACAAACUUCUGAUGGAUGUUUUAGUUCAGGUAAUAGAACAUAAUCUCACCUGUAGAUGCUCCACACACUUCUGUCCAGCUGCAGUCAAAUAUCAGGGGUUAUUUAAACACAUGUGUUACUUUUAUAUACAACUAUAGAAAAUACCUAUUUUAAUUUUAGAUGUCUAUUUUAGUUAGCUGUUAACAUACCCUUUAUAUGUCACAGCUGGGACAAUUUUCUGUGAAUAGAGACUUACAAAAGAGACAAAAGCUGCUUAUUAUUAUGUUUACUUGCACAGUAAACAGAUAUUGUUGGUACAUUAUGUUGUUGUACACCGUAACAUAGAUAUUGUGUAUAAUAACUGGUGCAUGCAUGUUCACCAACAUGAUUAUUUACACAAGCUAAAGCCAUAAAAACCUUUCGUGCACUAAAUAUAAUAGUGUAAAAACAUUCACAUAAAAGCAUUAAAGGGACAGACUGAUUGGUUAGAAGCAGGAGGUUUCUCACACUCAUGAUGUUGAUGGGACAUUCUGAGCCUUGACCGUCAAAACAAUAUUGAAGCUAUAAUUAUAUUUUGGUUUAUUUCCAGCUCUAUAUUUUUGAACUACACAUCCCAUCAUUUGGGUGCUGUAAACAGGGAGUGAAAUGUUGCCAUGGAGUCAGUCAGUUAGUUAGUUAGCUGUGGUCUGCUACUUGAGAAGUGUUUUUUAAGUCUGUAUUUGUUUUUGUUUCUCUUAUUGGCAGCAUAUAAAGAAUGCCAAAUUAGCUACUCUCAGUUUCUGUUGGUGACGUGCCAAUGGACUUACAACUAACAGUCACUGAAUUACUUUUAUACUCAAGAAGAUUUAGAUACAGGUUAUUUGUUGGUAAGUUAUGGAGCAUCUAUAGUCUGAUUUUUUGGGACAUUUAUUUGCAAUAUAAAGGAGAAGUUUUGGUGUGAAGAGAAAGCUGUGUCAUAUUGACUCCUGACAUUUGUAGGUUACUGUGGCUGUUGUCAGAGUUCCCAGGUUGAUGCCCUUACUCCAUAUUCCAUCAAUUAAAGCUCCAAGCAGAGCAUAGAAAACAAGACUGGACAUUGUAGCCAUCAUGAACCUAUGCAAACUGAUCCACCUGCUCUGCCCUCCUCAACUGUGAAAAACGAAUAGAAAGUGCUUCACUCUUUAGCUAGUGGCCAUUGUGUGCUACAAACACUACAGAGGCAGCAGUUAAUGAAUGUUGUGUGCUGAUAAUAUAACGCUUACAUACCUACAUUACUCAUACAGAGCAGUUAGAUGCUAUAGAGAUGCUCUUCUUUGUUUCCUCACACUAACCUUUACAUAAGCUGCACAUAUGAACUCUCCUUGUCAAAUUCACUCACUGUAUUGUGAAAUGUCCAUCGUGUCCUCUCCGAGCUGCUCUGGACUUUACUCUGAAUUUGAAGCACUUUGUGAGGCCUGCAGACGCUCAGAGCUGCAGGUUCGGUCUCUUGGUCUCGUACUCUUCACCUUCAAGUUCUGCCUGGCAUCUGUUUGAAAAUGUUUACAUGGUUUAUGCAUUUGUCUCAUGUGUUUUUCUUCAUAUGGUUAUCCACACAGCCACAGGCAUCCAUGUCAUAUUUGAGAAAUAAAUUAUGGACUAUUGAAAUAAC